ACCUAUGUCACAAUCAAAAAUAAAUCGUUGGUACCUGCAAGAUGUGUUUGGAAAAGUUUGAAUUUAAACGGAAAAAUUCGAGCAAAGCUUGAAGUGCGACCUCCGUCGGCGAAAAUAUCAGCUAAAUGUGGAAGAAUAUUUGAGAUAUCAGUGACGGGACUCAGUCCUGGCUCCUUUAGUCAGUAUUUGGUAUGCACAGCGAAUGGAAAUGAACACAGAGUCCCUAUUUUAGUGGAAGGAGAGUGUACCAUGGGGUUUUUACAUGUCAGAGAUGAUUUCAUAAGUUGCGGACCUAUAAAAAAAGGUGACAAACUACGACUUGAUGUGUCAUUCGAAAAUUACACCGAUCGUAAGUGGUCCCGCAUGGUAACUGAAUACAGGUACCAUUCGCGAAAAUCCUACAAAAUCCCAAAAUUGACAGAGAGUCCCCAGCGGAAAAGUUGUAAGAGAUUUGUAGCACUAAAAAACAUGAAGAGAGGACUGUAUGAUAAUUACAGUAGAUUCAUCACAUUCAAGUAUGGUAGAGUGAACACAAAUAUUAUGAAAAAUGUAAUUUGGUGCUCCCUGUUGAAGAUAAAAGUUGGUGAUGUAGAAGAUUUUAUAGGAGUUAUAGCAGAUAUAGAGCGACCGUUACUCACCUUAUCUGAGAACGCAGCUUCUGACAAUUUUCUACUGAUGAAUUACACUUCAGUGAUCAGACUGAAUCUCAAGAAUCAUUCUAGAAUCUCGGCAUCGUUUACAUGGAUUGAUGCGAUUGGUGAUGACAGCUCCUCAUUUGAUUGCAAGUUUGUUCCAUCGACGGGAGUUAUCAGGCCCCAUGUAAAGUGGCAGAUUCUGGUCUACUUGAAGCCGUUAGAGUUGAUUACUGUUAAAGACCUGCAUUGA